AUGAAUCAAUUUGCUAACGCAAGCAAUCUGCUGAUUACUGGAGGGUCAUUUAGUCAGACUCAGAACAACUACGGCGUACAGAAAGACGCACUUUCCAACCUCGAGAAAUACAUAGCUGAAGAUGCAUCAUUUGACUCUGCAGCAAGGUAUCCGCCCGCUACAUGCCAUCCGGGCACCCGGGAGAAGAUCAUCGAGACUAUCCUGAAGUGGAUCAAGGACCCGAAUCCUGAGAAACAAGCCCUCUGGCUCAAUGGCCCGGCUGGUUCUGGAAAAUCUGCAAUUGGGCACUCAGUUGCGUCAAAGCUGAAGGACGAAUUGGAGAGUCAAAAGUACGGCUCCACCUUUUUCUUUGCAAAGGGCGCUCCAGGGCGCGGAGACGGGAACAAAUUAUUUCCCACCAUUGCAUACGAGCUGGCAACCAUUUUCCCGGAAUACCGGGCGGUACUCAACGCUGUCUUGCAGGAGAACCCUACGCUCCCCAGCAAAUCCAUUCAGAUUCAACUUCAUAACCUGCUUAUCAGACCUCUCCGAAAGGUAUCCCAAUGGCCCCGUCAUCAUCCCGCAGUCAUCAUUGAUGGUCUCGACGAGUGCUCUGGAGGGAUUAAAAUGCAAGUCGCAAUCCUCUCCACCAUUGCCAACGCCAUCAUCCAACACCGCAUUCCACUACGGUUUUUUAUUAUCAGCCGUCCAGAAUACUGGAUUGCCGAUAUAUUCGAGAUCGGGUGCUUCAGCCCUAUAGUUACCCGCCUUUGCCUGCGAGACGACAAUGAGGCUGACGCCGGAAUCACUGUUUACCUACGCGAUGAAUUUAAGAAUAUCUACGACAGGAACAUCGAUGUGAUGCGCUCUAUCCCUCAACCAUGGCCCGAACAACAUAUCAUCGACCGAUUUGUCUGGUCCGCAUCAGGGCAGUACAUAUACGCAUCCACAGUCAUAAAAUUUGUUGGAGAGUCCGAUCAUUGUAUUCCUUCUGAGCAGCUCCGCCUAUUGACUAAAGCAGGACCUCAUGAGGCAUCUGCGUUCUCCGACUUGGAUAGGUUGUAUGCCGCCAUUUUAUCGUCGUACCCACGCUGGGACCCUCUGAAACGCGUGAUUUCCGCCAUCCUGUUGAACUGUUCAAUUUCGGAGGCUGUGAUGGAGCACAUCUUUGAUGUUCCUCAAACAGAGCUGCGUCAAAUUUUGAGGUCAAUGAGAUCUUUGAUUUCCAAAACGCAAUUCAACAGUCCACCGCUUCUGCAGAAAUUGGAACCAAUUUUUGGUUCCCCGGCAUACAAAAAAAAUUGGCUAUGGUUUCAUCACCUCUCUUUUAGGGAGUUCAUAGAGAAUGAUUCUAGAUCCGGGCGUUUCGUGGUUGACAAGCUUUCCACGGGGUUCACGGUGUGGUGUGUGUUUAUAAGGCACCUGAGAGGUCUCCUGCAAGGUGACUCUGCUGUUCAACAAAUACUUAAACAUAUUGGUGUAUCGCAAUAUCGCCAGUGUCUAGAUACAAUGGGUCACAUACUUCUGCCAAAGUACUUUAAUCGCCCCACCAAGUACGGCACCAAGAUCUUGAUUCAAGAAUUUGAAACCUUACUCGGUGGACUUGACAUUGUGUCUCAAACAAACCCCAAAGUUCCCUACGCCAAUUAUGCCGUGUUAAUCCUCGAAAAGCUCAAAAACUUCCUAAAGAAGUGCAUGGGGCUACCUAUGCGUCGAAGGAAACUUUUCAAAACACUUGGAAAUUCGGUUGACCUGGUGCUGGUCACAUUAGCGCAACAGGUCCUUGAGACCACAGCCAUGGAUGAAAAACUUUUCAGUAAACUGGUUACGGAUACUUGGAUUGAUCGCGGUCUACAAUUCAGAAUUGCAACAUUAUGCAAAUAUUCAUAUACGACUGAAGAGUCCAUUGUUCCUGAUCUCCAAAAGAUGAAUGGAGUGGUUACCCUAUACUUCGACAGUGAUAGUGAUUGGGGGAUUGAAAUAGUUCUACACUUUGCCGAACAUCAAACCCACACUGACCUGGAGACUGAUUUACUUUUGGAAUGGGAAGAGGAAAUCCUUUCCAUCCUCGGAACGAUGUUUAGUGACAAUUUUGACACGGACGACCCAGACAUUGGGCAUAUGGUAUAUCUUACAUGCUUCAUAUUAAAUCCACAAAUAUCAGACAUCCGUAACCGUGAUCGUCUGGAGAAUGAAGACAUGAUGACAAUACUCCGUGUUCUAGCUAGUCCAAAUUUUCCUUCAGAACGGAGUUCUCAUCAUGCUCAAUACAUCUUCAUGUCAUUGCGCUGGACCAUCCGACAAUUAUCAGGUUCUAAUAGAAGUGUAAUUGAGCAAACCAACUGCACGCUAAUCGGAGAAAUGGAGGCUGUUAUAAAGGCCAAGUUUCAUGUGCUCGUUGAUCUCUACGCUGCGCCAGCCACGGAAGUCAUGUCUGACAAUGUAUUUGAAAACUUUCCUAUACUGCCUCCCAGUCCGGAUGGCAAAUACGUUUUCAAAUAUAGCAUUCAUGCUGAUGGUUUUAGGUAUAGCGGAUUGACCUACUUCCUUGAGUUUGCGUCGGAGAAUCUUCACGUUCUUCCCCCAGAUAUAUACCCCCAUAUUCCAUCCUUCCUUCUUAAAGCGAUUGUGAUAGCUCUCUACAACAUCGCGUAUUCGAACGUCUUAGCCAGUUGGGAGGAUGAACAGUUAGAUGAAGUUACAGUGACAGCACCUCAGUUGUUCCAACUAUUGCUCCAGUGGAUGUCUUACGCGCUUCCAACAGAAGAGAACCUUAACACAAUCAGGUUGAUGAGCUGUAUAUGGCAUGAAAUCAUCGAAGGCAAUUACGAUCAACCAAUAUUUCCACCCCCCCUUUGUAAUCUUAUUAUGGAGUUCCUGACUAAAUACAGCCCCUCUAUGCUUCCCGGGUCAGAACUCGGUCAUUUGAACUCUUGGCUGGUGAGACUCAGGGACACAGAUCAUCCUAUGGAAAAUGAUUCCACAACAGACGAGGAUAAAUCCGAUGAAGACGAGAAUUCCGCAUCAGACGAAGAGAGUUCAGGUGAUGAAUAG